UGCACUACGUAUCCUCGUGGAAGCUUUCAAUUGAACAAUACUAUUUCAGUGAUAACUUUUUUCAUUUGUGACUUCACCGUGCAGCUCCUAACAAAGUUGACUGUGGAAAAUAUCGAAUAUAGCUCGUUGAAAUAUCUGAAAUAUGUAUAUUUUGAAAACUUUUUGUACACUUUUAUCAAAAAUAAACAUAAAUAAAAGGAAUAGAUUAGCAUUUAUCCACAUAUUCUCAAGUCCAGUGCGCAAAAUUCGGCCAACUCCGAAAACUAAACGCCAAUGUCCACAGCUGAUAUCAGUUAGAAGUGUCUAAAUAAUUUGUGCAAAGAUUCAAGUGAAGACUACGUAGUUUUUACUACAUAGAUACAUGCAUACAUUCUAUAUUUUUUAAACUAAUUAAGUGCAAUUAGCCUUAAAAAGAAAAAUUUAACAACGAUUAUAGGGGAGUGCCCUCAGCCACGUAAAUGUUUUUAAAUUGGCGUAUCAGGAGAAACAUACGAUCAAAAAUGUGGUAAUACUUGGUCCAAGCUCACAAUUAUCAUUUUAUCACCUGUGCUGCCUCUAAACAUCUCUGAACUCCAUAUCUAACAAUUGCAGCUGCUGCAAAAUCAUAAUAUUGUACGGAAAUCGCAGAGAAUAGCAACAGAGAUACUGUGAGUGAUAAUUUUUCUUAGGUUGACACCAAUAGUGACGUUUACCAAAAAAAAUGGAAACGGUUUUCAUUUAGGGUGUCAAGAAAUUUGAUUCCAAGGAUUUUAUACCUACAUACAUAUAUACAGAUUUAUUUAUUAGGUUUCAGCUAAUGUAUACGUAUGUUUUGUGUAUGUAUAUAUUUCAGUUGAUUUAGUUUGAUUGGCCUGAUAGAGCCGAAUAUAACUGCAAUUGUAUGCACGAAAUUGCACUCAACAUUGUAUCACUUCAUUGAUAACCUUUUAUAGGAUUGACGUUAUUGUUUCCUUUUUCAAUAAUAGUGCAACGGUUGUAUUUUAUCAUCGAUCUAACAAAUCCGUUUGAAUUCAACAUUUUAUUGUAUCUCAUAUAGUACGUGCAUAUGUACAUACUUAUAUGUAUCUAGGUAUAUAGUUUCGGGUUACUUGAGUAACAACACCACAAAAUACAAAAAAGGCUAUCCAACGCCAACAUAGUAAAUACCAAUCCGCUAACAUCGCGGUGGCACAGUUUUAAAAUGUAAUCUGUUAUGAUAACCUUUAUUUAGAUAAAAUAGUAAUGUCUUCUGUCUAGUUGCGUAUUGUAAGAUAUCGACAGUUCCAAUUUUCCCAAACAAGCGUGUGGUAGAGCUUCACAAUGACAACCAAAUCUAAGACUCAACAGGAGAAGCACAAAAUGUCCGAGAUCGACGAAAAUAUUUCGAAAAUGUUUGAUAUAAAAAAGCGGUUGGGUAAAGGAGCAUAUGGCAUUGUGUGGAAAGCAUUGGAUAAGCGUACAAACGAAACGGUAGCAGUAAAGAAAAUUUUCGACGCAUUUCGUGACGAAACUGAUGCGCAACGAACUUUUCGAGAAAUUGUUUUUCUGAAGGCAUUUCGUAAUCAUCCCAAUGUCAUACGAUUAUUAACUGUAUAUCGAGCAUCGAAUAAUUUAGACAUAUACCUCAUUUUUGAAUAUAUGGAAAGUGACUUGCAUAACAUCAUUAAGAAGGGCACUAUUUUGAAGGAUAUUCAUAAAAGAUAUGUGAUGUACCAAUUAAUUAAUGCCAUUAAGUAUAUACAUUCCGGAAAUGUGAUACAUAGGGACCUGAAACCAAGUAACGUACUCAUAGAUAGUAAAUGCAGAUGUAAAUUGGCCGAUUUCGGACUAGCACGAUCUGUUUCGAAUCGGCCAAUGCGAGAGAGUAACGAUAUGACUAGUGAUCACGUCAUCGAGCCCAUACUUACAGAUUAUGUCGCUACGCGUUGGUACAGAGCUCCAGAAAUUCUUGUCGCUAGUAAAAGAUAUACCAAAGGGAUCGAUAUGUGGAGCUUGGGUUGCAUACUUGGUGAAAUGAUUCGGGGAAAACCAUUGUUUCAAGGCAGUAGUACUGUUAAUCAAAUAGAAAGGAUAGUAACAGCUCUACCAGAAAUAACAGAUCACGACGUUAAAGCAGUGGGAGCUGGUUUCGGAUCCGUACUUCUUAGCAAACAGAUUUCACGUGAAAGGAAAACAUCAUUAAAUGAAAUUAUGUCUGAUGCUCCAGAAGAUGCUUUAAAUAUGGUCAAAUCAUUAUUAGUCUUAGAUCCUUUGGCUCGGCUUACAGCGAAACAAGCCCUUGGCCAUCCAUAUGUAGAAAAAUUUCGCAACUCUAUACCAGAAAUUGAAUUGAGCGUGGACAUUUUGCCACCAUUCCGCGAUGAUGUGCGUCUGACGGUACCUGAAUAUCGGUCAAAGUUAUACGAAAUUGUCCAACAUAACAACGAAAAAUCAGACAAACGCCAUUCGACUGCAACUGCUAAGGGUUCCAACAUAAAUCAAAAAGAUCACAAGCUUUCAACAUCCUACGACAAGACUGAUCUAUUAAAGAAACCCCACAGGACUAAGCAAGGCAAAAUCUCAGAGGACAAAUAUAUUUCAAGAGAUAAGUAUCUAACUCGACCGGAGAAACACGAAAGCGAAACACAACCAUCUAUCAGCGUGCCCAGCAUAAACGGUAAAUCCACUAAAAAGUUAACUACGAUAUCUCCUAAUGCAAAACGCAAGUCCGGCAAAACACUUUCUAAAUACUUUGUCCAGCAAAGAGUAGAAGUUUCAAAAGAUAAGAAGCACUUAAAAGUACAUGAAAGCUGUGAUGAUCAUUUUCCCGUAAAUGUUAUUGACAAGCGUCAUUCCAUAGAUGCGGGCUACGCUAGUCUUCCAGAUGGUAGAGUAGGUUUAGGAGGACAAUUGGGAGAACUAGUUGGUAGACAGACUACAUCACCGAGCGGCGCACUAAAAAAACUUGAUAGCACACGGCGACAACACCGUAGCUCGUCGUCGAUAAGUAAAGGUGAACAAAAACACAAAACCGAGCAAGCAACCACUCACCUUCUUCAGCAUCAACAAAAUAAAGAUAGCAGUUUUGCUUAUCCAGAUAUCGACAUAGAAGUUCAAGAUCCAUACAACAAUGACAGCGCUCCAUUUUUAAAGAAACCUUCAUAUGUUCGGAACUCUAAAUCAGACGUAACGAAUACCAUUGGCAGUGGUCUGACAAAGUCUACUGAAAACAUAGUCAGAGGAAAUGAUCGAUUAUGUUAUGAAAAACGAUUGAAAAAACUAGAGGAAGAAAUAGAAAAAUACAAAAAGGAAGUAAAGUCAUUUUGUAAAGAAACAUUUAGUUAUACGCAUCAAAACUCGCCACAAAAGCAUAGUAAGGGCAAUAGUCAGAUUCGAAGUCAAAUCCAAAAUAACUUCCGAAACGCAACUAAUAACCAAAUACAACAUACUCGUCCCCAUUCUCCGCAACAGGCAUAUCUGGAACGAACGAAAUCCGAUGUUAAAAACAAUAGACAUCAACAACAAAACAAACAAAAUUUGUCCAAUACAAAACAAAAUCCCUAUUAUGAUUUACUUGCUAAGGUAACUCGUGAUUCUGGAAGUAAAAAUGGCAUUAAUUCAGCGAUUUUCAAUGGUACUCUCAACGUUGGAGCUGUACCUAUAGCUGCUGAAAACGAAGGAGGGGAAUAUAUUAUAGACCGAUCGACAAAAAUGUCGAAUAAAAACGUAUUGAUAGAAGAAAAACAUCAGUCCUUCCCCGCGCACUCUAACAUAUCAAAAAUGAAUCAGCCGCAUCAUCAGUCUACACACAACAUUCAUCGCAACGGCAGACCCAUGUCGAAAUUCAUAGCACGACCAGCCCAACAUAGUAGCCACUUAACGAAGCAUACAUUAACAAAUUGUCAAUGAUAUUGAUUUUACUAUUCUAUGCUAGAAUAACUGCCAUUUUAUCUAAGUUAUUAAAUGCGCGUUUUUAUGUACGUGUAAUGGUAAUUCUGUAUACAUACAUAUGUAUAUGUACUUACCAGUAUAUAUCCAAUUAAAAUAUAUUUCUAUGAGUGUCUAUAUUCACUGAAUAUUUUAAAGAACUACAUAUGUACAUAUAUUGAUAAUUUUUAUCUUAUCCAAAUUAAGGGCUAAUAAUCUGAUGAUACAGGUCAUGAGUAAAAUAAACACUUAAGUAUAGAAUCUUAAAAAAUCAAAGGCAGGCGAAAAAUGAACUUGGACAAAGAAUUCAAUAAUUUUUUGGAAACACAGUAUGUCCAAGAUA